UGUUCUAUCUGUGGAGAAGUUGGUUGCCAGGAAGUGGGGCGAAUGAAAUUCAUUUUUCACAGUUGGUGAUGGCGGAUGUCGAAAUCGACACCAUGAAGAAUUACCACAUAGCCUUUGAGAGAAUAAACCCCAAUACGAGUCGUUACCCCUACUGUAUCGUGUGGACACCUAUCCCCGUACUAUCAUGGCUGCUACCGUUCAUUGGACACAUGGGAAUCUGCACCUCUUCUGGUAUCAUCCGGGACUUUGCUGGACCCUACUUUGUCUCUGAAGACAACAUGGCCUUUGGGAGACCAACAAAGUACUGGAUGCUGGACGUAGCCAAGGUGUAUGCUAGUGGCUCCAACGCCUGGGACACAGCAGUGCAAGACGCCUCAGAGGAGUAUAAAAACAGAAUGCACAACCUCUGCUGUGACAACUGUCACUCCCAUGUGGCCAUGGCUCUAAACCUGAUGCGCUACGAGAACAAGACCUCGUGGAACAUGAUCAACCUCUGUCUGCUCUCCCUAGUCCACGGAAAACACGUCAGCUGUGCAGGGUUCCUGAAGACCUGGCUUCCCUUCCUCAUGUUGAUGGGUAUCAUCCUGACUGUGGCUCUGAUAAUUAACCUGCAAUGACCAGCCAACCAGAGAUGAGAUGAGGGGAAAAAGGAGGACUGUUCAUUCAGUUCACACUGCACAGCCACAGUCAUCCAGCAAUGAAAAUCUCCA